CCGUGAGCGUCCACACUCCUUUCCUUCUACGGCGCGUGGACUCCUUCCCCCUCCCAUUUCCUCCACGCGAAGAUUUUGGUUAAAUAUCUUCUCCGGUCAAGGUGUUUUUUGAUAGAAUCUAGAGUUCUUGGACGGAGAUGUGAUGGCGCGGGAGGGGUGGGCCGCGGCGUCGGAGGCCCACGGCGUGGCAUCGGCGUCGGCGGCGGCGGCGUCGUCGUCGUCGGCGAGGAGCUGGAUCCUGUUGGACUUCACCGGGGAGGAGAAGGUCCUGGACGUGGACAAGUAUGCCAUCAUGCAGCGGGUCCAGAUCCACGCCCGCGAUCUCAGGAUCAUCGAUCCCCUGCUCUCCUAUCCCUCCUCAAUCUUGGCACGGGAGAGGGCCAUCGUUCUCAAUCUCGAGCACAUUAAAGCGAUAAUCACGGUAGAAGAGGUGUUGAUUAGAGAUCCUUACAAUGAGAAUGUCAUUCCGCUAGUGGAGGAGCUUCGCAGGCGUCUAGCCGCUGCCAAUGUAGUUCAGCGAGCACAAGGCAAAGGGAGCGGACAGAAUAUGAUUGAAGCUGCCGAAGAAGAUGGUGAAUCUCCAUUUGAGUUUCGAGCCCUUGAAGUUGCUUUAGAAGCAAUUUGUAGCUUUCUUGAUGCUCGUACGACAGAUCUGGAAACUGCUGCAUACCCUGCAUUAGAUGAGCUAACCUCCAAGAUUAGCUGCCGUAACUUGGACAGGGUGCGCAAGCUUAAGAGUGCAAUGACAAGGUUGACUGCUCGCACUCAAAAGGUAAGGGAUGAACUUGAACAAUUACUGGAUGAUGACAAUGACAUGGCCGAUCUAUACUUGUCAAGAAAGAUGGCUGGAGCAUCCUCUCCUAACAGCAACCCUGCUGUGCCUAACUGCUUACCUGCCUCGCAAACAACAGGUUCAAAAAUGCUUAGAUCAAGCAGAGCUAGUUCAGUAACAUUUCAUGGAAAUGAGAAUGAUGUCGAGGAACUUGAGAUGUUACUUGAGGCUUACUUUAGGCAAAUUGACAGCACCUUUAACCACUUGACCACGCUGCGGGAAUAUGUCGAUGACACUGAGGACUAUAUCAAUUUUCAGCUUGACAAUCACAGAAAUCAGUUAAUUCAGUUAGAGCUUUUCUUGAAUGGUGCUACUGUUGCCCUCACCUUUUACUCUCUAGUUGCUGGGAUUUUUGGCAUGAAUAUCCCAUAUUCAUGGAACGAUAACCAUGGAUACAUCUUCAAAUGGGUGGUUGGUAUAUCAGGACUUGUGUCUGGAUUGCUAUUCAUUUUUGUUGUUUUUUAUGCUCGCUACAGAGGACUUAUUGGGUCUUGAUUUCCAGAGAAUCUAUGAGAUGUCAAAUAUUCCUAAUAAUUUGCUGCACCACAUUAGAGGCAAGAUAAAAGUGUUGACCAGAGGAGCUUGGCGGUUGGUUUGCAACAAAAUUCCACUAUUGUAUUGGUUCAUUUUUGCUCUAUCAUUUCAUAAGUAUCUCUGGCGUCAUAUUUAAUUUUAGGCUUUAGGUUGAAGCAACUAUCAUCUUCUUUCUUGCUUUCCCUUUUUUUUGGGAGAGAAAAAACAGUAUGAUUUUUUUUUUAUAAAAAAAAAAAAUUGGUGUUUCUUCUAGAACCAAGUUAGUUAAGUCAGAAGUUCUAGAAAGAGUUCGUUACUUUGUUUCGUUUCUCUAAUACAUAUAUUUUUUUGAUCGGU